CCUCAACUUCAACAUAAUAACUUGGACAAGAUGACAUUUUUCAGAAACGGCUACAGACGAUUGGUGGCAGGAUCUCAGGAUCACGAUAUAAAUAACCCAUCAAAGCUAUUUUUCCAAAUCAUAAUACUACAAUGCUUUUAUUAUUUGACGGCACUAAUUAUCUUUUACUUGGUAGCAUCACUAAACGGAUAUGAUUUCAAAGUCGAUUGGAUAUUUCUGUGGGAGCUCAUUACUCUGAAUAAUGCAAUGGGGUUAAUGCUUUUCGCGUUAUGGCUUUUUGAUGCCCUCUUGUGUGUUUUAUUUGUUACUAUUGUUGUUGGUAGAUCUAAGAUGGUCUGGGAUUUCGCUCUUACAAUUCAUAUCAUCAACUUGAUAGUUGUAUGGGUUUAUUCAGGAAAGUUUCCUACUUCGGUAUUAUGGUGGUGUCUCCAAAUUUUAAGCAGUAUAAUCCUUUUGUCAUUGUCUACAUAUCUGACAAGAUGGAAAGAGUUGAGAACUACAUUUUUUGAAAAUAUGCUAGAUCAACAGGAGUUGGGUGAAGUACAACAUCCAUCUCAACCUAUUGAAAUGCAUAACUUGGAUGCAGAAACCCAAGGAUCCCUGUCGAAAUAAUAACCAAUAUUCUUUUGUUCAUUUUGUAUUUACAAUUAUAUAGCAUACUAUUCUUAAUAAACAUCAUCUUUAAUGGGG